AUGACACGCACCACCACCCUCGCCCUUCCUGCACCCGGCUUUACUUCACUUUGGCAUCGGAUGCCACGGUGGCCCGGUAGAAUGUGGUUCAAAAUAAAUCGUCGUAAGUUGGGCGACGUGGGACGUCAAACCUCCGCCUCGCUUGGGUGGACAAAGUCGAAGAAGGGCGUGAAGCGCUUCCACUGGCCCAGUCUACGCCACCCCUCCGUCCGUCGAAAGUUCUCCCUCCGCCGUGCCUCCCCUGUUCGUGCUCGUGCCGGUGUGCCUCCGCCACCGACCGCUCCUGCUGCUGCGGGCUCUGCCUUCCUUCCACCGAGGCGGAUUCGCUGUGGCACUGCUGUCAUUCCAAUAAUGCGUGCGUCGGCCCUCCAUUUGCCUCCUCCUACCGCGGUUAAACGCCGUCCCACCACGGUGUUGUCGCUAGAGCACAAUUUCCUGAAGGUGCGGCGGCUAAGCCAUCGUCUCGAGCAUUUCAACCCAAUUUACGACGAAGUCUGUAGCGACUCCAACGAGGAGAUGGGGGACGAGGCGAUUUACGAGGAGAUUACACCACCACGAAAGCGGACACUCGUAGCGCCUUCUUACCUUGAUUUGAUGCAAGUCUCGGCGGUGGUCACCGAUUCACCUUUGAAACAGCUCAGGCCGGUCUCACCUGUGCCCUCGCAGGGUGUCUAUGCGCUUCAUGGAGGGGAUUGGGUGUCCAUCGCCUCGGGCAUCUAUGACGAUGUAGCUUCUUCUGGUAACGAAUCUGAUGAAGAAUUCUAUAUCGAUCCUUGCCUAGACGCAAAUAUUUACGAUUGGGCACCCGAUGCUACCGACGGUGCGCGGAACAUUCCCUGGCCAACGGCAGCUUAUGGAGAAUCAGCAUUCAUUGAGGAUUCCAUGACUCUGCAGUGGAUGCAUCGCGAGUCCUACGUCAUUCAGUAG